AUGGAGCCGGCCGCUGGGGCCCCGAGCGCGGGCCCGGCCGGGGAGCGGCCUCCGGCUGAGGCCCCGCAGAGCCACUGCCGCUCCUCGGCUGAGGAGGCCGCGCUGGAAGUGAGUUGGGUUCAGGGAUCCUCAAACAAGAACUUUGGCUUUAUAAACAAUCACACUAUCUGCUACCCUUGUGACAAUUACAUCCUCUUCCUGGAUAUGGAAACAAAGAAGACAACAGUGCUGCAGUGUCAGAAUGGCCAAGUGGGAGCCUUUGCAGCAAAUGGGAGCAGUGAAGUGCUGGCUUUUUCAGAUCGAAAGCUGAAUCCCAUAAUAUAUAUCUACAGUUUCCCAGAACUGAGUAAACUGACAGAAUUAAAAGGUGAUGCUCAGCUGGACUACACUUUGCUUGCAUUUAGUUUCACAGGCCCAUAUCUAGCCAGUUACUCUUCAAUCCCGGAAUUUGUUCUUUCAGUAUGGAACUGGCAAGAAAAUAUCCUCCUGUGCAGUGAGUCUCAGCCAGGGGUUACAGUGACCUCUUUAAGUUUUAACCCUAUGAAUUGGCAAGAACUGUGUUUUGUUAAUGAGAACUCUGUUACUAUCUGGCAUAUUGAAAGGAAUAAUGAUGAGCACUACCUUAAACGAAACCCUGUGAAACUCCCUGACGGACAAGGGUCUGUGAGUCCUCAUAAGGAUUUGUUUUUCCCAUUUUCUCAUAGUGAAGAUCCAUCCUAUGGCCCUGAUUUGCCUGUUUCAGCCAUUGCUGGACUGGUAGGAGAGGAAGCAGAAACAUUCAUGCCUAGGAAUGAUACUAGGUCUUCAGUGCAUCCUGCUGCCCACUGCUGGACUGCAACCUCAGAAAUUUACGUGAGCUGUAAAGAAGGAGACAUUUUGGCAAUUGAUGCUGAGACACACAGUGUUUCUGUUCUUCAACAAAAACCUCUGCCUGAACAUGUGCGUAAAAUAACAGAUGUGGUGUCAUAUGUUCAGAAAGAAGUACAAAGAAAGAAAGGUGGCAAACCAAAGGAUUUGCAAAAACCAGUUUUAUUUGCCAUGGCAUUUUGUAACGAAGGACUGUACGCAGCUGGAAGUGAGGGCAUUUUAUACUUUUAUCAUAUCAAAGAUCUGCAAUAUGAGAUGAAAAUCUGCAUUGAAAUCCUACAACCGAUAUCCAGCCUCAUAUUCUCUCCUGAUUACACUGUACUUCUGCUUGUCACUGACCAGGGGACAGUCUAUACUUACAAACCUGUUCACAGUGAUGAAGCUGUCAAACUCUUGGAUACAUGCAGCAGUUGUUUUCUGGCAGCUGAUUUUCUUACUCCAGGGAACAAGUACUGCGUGUCUGUAACACUUUCAGGUGAAGUACAAGUUUGGUUCCUGGAAGAUGGAACUUGUCUCAGCAAGAUAAAUCUUGAUAUUGAGGUAACUGCUAUGGCUUGCUGUCCCUCCUCCAACAGUGUUGCUGUAGGGACCAAAAGAGGUCAAAUCUAUUUCUUUGAUGUUACCAAAGUUGAAGCUCCACGAGUUGUUCACCAAAUUUUUCUUUCCGAAUUUCCAGUGCUGUCUUUGCAUUAUGAUCAGAUUGGCCAGUUCCUCAUCACUAGAGCUACAGAAGGACGUGUCUUUAUUCUAGAUGCCCGGCCUUCAAAAUUAUUCCAAGUUCUUGGAUAUGUAGUGUUGGCAGGUGAAGUGCUGGAUCUUUCUAUAGUUUCUGACUUGGAGAAUGACUUAGUUGAAGUGAUGAUACUUCUUAAUGUAGCAGAGGUCCAGCGAACAAGACUUGAAAUUUUUUGUCUGUCUUCAGCACUCACAAGAGAUAAUAGAAAGUAUGUUAAUGAGCAAGGAAUGCUUAAUGCUAGUGCCAUUAAAAAGGAGCAAUAUGAUCUGGAUUACCCCUUGAGCUCAGCAGUCAGACUGAAGGAUAACACUGUGUAUGGCUACUGUAGCUGUGCACCUUUCAUCUGUAAAUACCAUCUCUCUAAAGAGAACAUGUUGGAAGAUCCAUCAGUAUUUUUAUCAGAAAAGAGGAUUCCAAGCAGCCAGUUUGGAUCAGGUUUCCUCUGUUUAUCACCCAACGGCCAGUGGCUGGCAUCAGCAGCAAAGGAUGGUGUUCUGUUCAUCUAUCAUACUUCUACCAUGGAUAUAUUUGCUCAAAAGCACUGUCACUCAUAUCAAGGAGGGGGGAUCAGAUCCAUGGUGUUUUCACUGGAUGGCAAAUUCAUCCUUGUUAAUAGUGAGAAUGAUGGUGUCCUGGUGUGCCUGAAAUGGAAGAAGAUAAAAGAAGUUGAAGUUAAGGAAGCUGCUUUUCACUGGCAGUCUCUUCUUGCUGUACUGAACAAGUCCGCAUCGAAUGAAAAUGUUGUUUUAGAAUCUAUGGCAGAAUGGCAGUUUGACCCAGAAUCCACACUGGAAUCACUUCCAGAAGAGAAAUUUAAGGAGGCACCACUUAAAUUAUCCAAUGUAGAGGUGACAGAAGAAGAUGGAAAUGUCACCAGUUUGCAUUCAGCCAGUACCAAUGACAUGACAUGGAUAGGUCAGAAAAUAAAGAAGGUCAUUAGAGAAGAGACUCAGAGGUUUGCCAACCAGAAGAAAGAGCUGCAAAUGGGAAUUAAAAAGCUGCGUAAAACCAUUGAGAAAAUGAUACAUGAAAAUGAACAGGUGCCAGACAUUGAGAAACUGGAGCUGCAGGAGUUCAGCCUGGAUACAGAAGAAGAGAAAAGAGUGCAAGCAGAGGCUGAACAAGAAGUAUCCAGGGUGAGAAAGAAGAUUGAGAUGGAGAAUUUAGCCAACCAGUAUUUGCAGGAUGUCAUCAAACGUGAGUGCUGGGAUUCUAUGUGUGCAAAAGGACGUUCACUUAAGUGCUUCCAUAUGGCUCAUGAAGUGAAGAAUUAUCCACUGAAGGAACGUAGUCAAGAAGAGCUGGAAACUUUGGAGAAAGUUCUUCAGUUAAAGAAGAUUGAGACAGCUGAUCUUAAGGUUCAGAAGAAAAAUCUUGAGACUGAGUCUGAGACUUUAUCAUCUAAGGAAGAGAGAGAGAAGGUAGAAGUGACGACUGAUGAUAGUGCAUCUUAUUGCCUGAUCGGAAGUCUGAGCUCUCAGUAUGGUGGAGACACAUCUAUCCUAUACCACCAAUGGGACUUGCACACCAGGGAGCAGAAAGUCAAUCAGAUAGUAUUGUUGAAGGACAUCAUUUACAAAGUGAAAACUGCUUUUAAUAAGGAAUUUGACAUAGUUGCACAACAAAAGGAGCGUGAGGUAGCACAAGUGAAAGAAAGAAACCUGAGGAUUCGAGAAAUCUUGGCACAUCUUGAUUUCCAAGUGGAAGUGUGGGAGCCAGCUCUUACAAAUGAGGAGAUACCAGAGCAAGCACUCACCGUUCGGGAUUCAGAGAUUAAAGUUGAAAAAUACUUGACUGAACAAGAGAGAGAGAAAGCAGAAAUGCUGGCCAAGCUUGAACUGGAAAGACACCUUGCUGAUACGGACAAUGACAGACUGCGUGCUCUUAAUGAUAUGAUGGGUGGAGUGCUUGAACUCAAAAAGGAAGACAUCUUAAAAAUGGAUAUUCCUCCACCUCCUUUUAUAUCCAAGCCUGAGGACGUUUGGAAUGACGAAGAAAAGAAAAUAUUUAGGGAAUAUGAGAAAAAAGUCAAGGAGCUGAAUGAAGAAAAAGAAAAGUAUAGAAGGACACUGGAAAAUGAAUUGAAGAGACUUGAAGCUUCCAUCCAGGAAACAACACAAAAUUUUGAUGAGAUUCUGUGCAGACUCUCUGAAAGGAAAGUGACAUUUGAGAUGGUCAUCUAUCAGGAAGAACUCAAAAUAGUCAAUCUCACUUAUGCUUUACUGUUGGGUGAAGAGUUGGACACUAGAGAAGCUGGACUUCGUAAUUUCCUCGUGAAAAAAGAGAAAGAAAAAGUCAAGUCUGCAAAAACAAUCCAGAAUACAAAAGAUAAAAUUGAGGCUUACAUAGUCACCCGUGAAAAUACAGAAGAUGAAGAGAAGGUGAAAAGGAAGGCCCUAACAUUGACAGAGAUGGAGGCAUUUCUCAAGAGGAGAAUGGAUGAUGAUGAGAAGAUUAAGUCAGAAAUAGAAGACAUUUUCAAAGAGCUCAGUUGGCUACAGGAGGAGAAGAUGAAACAUCAAUUGAAUUUGACUGUCCAGUUUUUGCUAAAACAAGGCCAAGUGGAACUGGAAAGUACUGGAAUCCCAGACUACAGGGAUGCUGUUCUCAUUAAUAAGAGUGUUAUUGAAGAACUGAAUUGCUCUAUCAUGGAUCAAGGAGGAAAAAAAAUUGCUAGCAUGGUGGAAUGUAAAGACUUCUCUAAAAGCAUAUUGCAGCUGGAAUGGGAACACAAGAAAAUGGGAAUGCAGAUAGAAGAUCUGAAACAGAGGGCUCGGGAUAUUGUAACAUUACCUAUUUCAAAAGAUCGCCAGCUAUUCCUAACUGAGCUGGACUACGACAGCCGCGUCGCCCGCCACAUUUCAGUGAUGGAGCAGACUCUUGGCAUCAUGGAUAAGCUGCACAAGAAGAACUUGAAGAGCCAUCAGAAAAGAAUUAAAGAGUUGGAGAAGUGCAUCAGUUUAAAAGAACAAGCAAACUACCAGCUCAGCCUGGAGCUGAAAGAAAUGCUUGUCUCUGUUUCGGAAAGGAGACAUAUCUUUGAGGCAGCUGAUACACAGCAUGUUUCUGAAAAGAUUGCAAAGCAGCGUUACCGAGAGGUUUUGAAACAGAAACACCUACGGGAACUUGUAAAGGAACAGGAGAAACAGUUUGAUAUUCUUCAGGCAAAAGUUGAAAGACUGAGAUCAAGAACGUUCCCUGCUCUUUAAAAAUUAGUCCAAGUAGAGGUAUAAUAAUACCAUGCUCUUGUCUAAGAAAAAAGCAUCUAUCCU